GGGCAAUAAAAAGUUGACCAUUUUCCCAGUUGUUUUUUGGAACCCUUUCCCUUGACCAAACACUGUCCCUCCCGCUCGGUAAACGAGCCCUUGUCCGCAACGAAAGCCAAAUUCAAAAUUCAGGGAGCUCAAAUCGGCCCGUCUAAAAAAUAGCAACCGCCUGGGUCCGAGCGGGGAAGGUUUUUACGAGAAAUUUUGCAACCAAGAAACAGCGUGGAGAUAGGGGAGAGCGUGCGUGGGGAAGAUGUCUACAUUGUGCAGAGUGGCUGUGGGGAGAUUAAUGACAAUUUGAUGGAGCUGCUGAUCAUGAUCAACGCCUGCAAGAUUGCCUCUGCCUCCAGGGUCACGGCCGUCAUCCCCUGCUUUCCGUAUGCCCGACAAGACAAGAAGGACAAGGUGGGGAGCCGCGCUCCUAUCUCUGCCAAGUUGGUGGCCAACAUGUUGUCAGUGUCAGGUGCUGACCAUAUCAUCACCAUGGACUUGCACGCCUCACAGAUACAGGGAUUCUUUGAUAUCCCCGUUGAUAACUUGUAUGCAGAGCCAGCGGUGCUGAAGUGGAUCAAAGAGAACAUCCCUGAAUGGAAAAACUGCACCAUCGUCUCACCCGAUGCAGGAGGAGCCAAGAGGGUCACCUCAAUAGCCGACAGGUUGAAUGUGGACUUUGCUCUUAUUCACAAGGAGAGGAAAAAGGCAAACGAGGUGGACCGCAUGGUUCUCGUCGGAGAUGUGACAGAUCGGGUCGCAAUUCUAGUGGAUGACAUGGCCGACACGUGUGGCACAGUCUGUCAUGCUGCUGACAAACUAAUUUCUGCUGGUGCCACCAAGGUGUAUGCCAUUCUAACCCAUGGCAUCUUCUCUGGCCCAGCUAUCUCGCGCAUCAACAACGCCUGCUUUGAAGCCGUGGUGGUCACCAAUACAAUCCCGCAGGAGGAGAAGAUGAAGCAUUGUCCCAAAAUACAGGUUAUUGACAUCUCCAUGAUCCUUGCAGAGGCCAUCCGUAGAACUCACAAUGGCGAGUCUGUGUCAUACCUGUUCAGCCAUGUUCCCUUGUAACAAAUGGUGUCCCCCAUCUACUGUGUGCUGUUACACCAAAUAAGAGAAGAGGGGAAUAUCCCCCAACCCAAACGCAACCAUUAGCAAAGAUUUGCUAUCUAACCGUGGAAAAAAAAUUUGGAAAAAAAAAAGAAGAAAGAACUGUCAUGUCUGUUACUAAUGCUGACCGCCUCACUUGAGUCCCUUCCCUCUUGAGCAGUGUCCCUUCAUGUCUGGGCACCAAAGCAAUUGCAAGCUACCAGUUUAGGCCAGCAUAUUUAUUGUACUUGGAUAAAUAAGUGUUUAUCCACUGUGAACUUUGUACCCCCUUUCAUAACAUGUAUGCCAUUUUUCCACCACAUGGUACAGCUCAACUUCACUCGCUCUUUUUUGGUUUUCCAUUGGCAAAAGGUGUGGAGAGCACCGGGUACUUUUUUUGGUACUACCUUGGUCCAUGGUUCCAAGCAAGCUGAGGCGAUACCUGAAGGUGGAGUUAAAAUACUGCAGACCACCGAGAAAUUCAAAUAGGUAACCGCAAUCGUUUUUAUUCACUCGACCUAGAUUUUUGCGGGAGAUUGCUGCCCACACAACUGUGCCGUACAGUUGACUUUGUGCAAACAUUCCUCUGUUUGGUUGCUUAUAAAAGGAUUCAGUAAGUCGUGCGUUUUUCGAUCAUGGCAGUGUCAUGCGGCGGCACCAUGGCGAUAAGCUGAGAAUCCCGCCUACACUGAAGGGGUACAAUCCACAGUGGAAAACGAAGAAAGAGAAGUCCUGGUACCAAAACGUGAGCAGAGCUGAAUCAUACCGUGGAAGCAUGGCAUUGGGUACAGAGUUUCUCCUGACCAUUUUACCUCUCCAGGAGUCAUUUCAAUCUGUUGUCAAAGAGCUUGUAUAAAUAUCCUUGGCAGGUCGCACUGGUCAGGAGAAGCAUCUGCCAUGUAAAGCUGUUACAGUGCUUUUUGUUACAAUGAACGAGCGUAGUUUUUCAUGUUGCUCCUGUGUCUUCUGCUGUUUGAAAGAUAAUUAAUGAAGUGAAUGUGUAUUGAACUAGUUUACAGUGCCACUGAAGCUCCACUCAACCCAAGAGUGCCUCAACAGUCUGAAAUGGAAUGUUUGUUUUACCUCCAGUCAUCUCAUCCCCCUCCUAUUUAGCUGUUUUUAUUUGCUCACUGGAUGCAGAACUUUUACAUUUCUUAUCAGGCUGUAAAAUGUUCUAGGAUGUUUCUUUCAACUCUUGAGGUUCCCUCCAUUGAGUGGGGUCUACCCAGUGUCCAGGGUUUACCCUUUUUAGGUUCUGCGCUGAAGGUCUUUCUAUAGAGAAGCUGUCAGGUUUUUUAGUUUGGUGUCUCUGCAGGCUGGAGCUUCCUUUACCUGCUAAUUUUAUUUUCAUUUAUUGUAUGUCUGGAGGAAUGAUUUGUUUAUAAUUUGCAUAUUCCAAACCUUUGUGUUUUACUUUUUCAGCAGGGUGAAUGCGCCAGUUAUCUGAGGAUGUGUUCUUAAUAAAAUUAAUUAUCCUUAAAAUCUA